CUGGUGUCAGGCAAUAGCAGCAGGUCUGAGCCAAGAUUGAAACCCAGAACCUCAGAUUUGUAAGGCAAAGGUGUUCAUCUCUAUUCCACUGUUGCCUGCAACGAAAACUUUGACUAACAAUUGCUACUGCACAGCAUCUAGAGCUGCAGGUUUUAUGCAAAUGAAAAGUGCUGCUGAUAUUUUCAGGGGAGCUGUCAUGUUGCUUGAGUCAUCCUGCUGAACGGGUUUUCCCUGCUCUUUCUCAUUGUCGACCUGUAGUGUUGCUUUUGCUUGUCUUUGUGUGCGGGGAGAAAUAACUAAAACUGAAGACAAAAGAAGAGGUUCCUUGGAAGCAUUUUGUUUCAUGCAACCUUUAGCCUACACCGGAAAAUAAAAGGAUGCGGUUCCGCUUGCGCAUCUUCUUGUCUUGUGGCUGUUUGCUGCUCCUCUUCACAGUGGUUGACUGGCUCCUUCGCCUCAAGGACGAAAGAGAAAUGGAGUUCUUGAAAACAGGACAUUUAUUUAACCAGUCCUCAGGGGCAAAUUGGGGGAUGGUUGUUGAGCAAAGGAGUCAGUGGCUCUCCGAUGUAUGUAAGAGCAAGAAUCUUUGGGGUGACACCCACGUCUCCGAGUUGGCCUUAGACAACAUCUUUGUCUCCGACCGACACAAUAUAUUGUUCUGCCAGACACCUGAUGGGGAUGACGAUGAAUGGAAGAAACUCCUCAUAGCUCUAAGCGGAACAUUUUCGAGUGUAGAGGAGAUCCCAGAGAAACUAGUUCAUGACUAUGAGAAGAACGGCCUGCCCCGCCUCUCAUCACUGACGCCACAGGAAAUUAGACACAGAUUAAAAAAUUACUUCAAGUUUUUCAUCGUGAGGGAUCCAUUUGAGCGGCUGAUUUCCACAUUUGAGGGCAAGUUCCUGUUUAACAAACCUUCUGAGCCUUGGUACAAGUACACCAUCGGACCUGCCCUGAUCCGCAAAUACCGCAAAAGCUCUCACCACCUCAGAGAUACUGGUUUAGUCUUUGAUGAAUUUGUUCAAUACCUGGGGGACGAGGACGGCCGGAAGGCCAUGGACUGGCAGUUUGGCCAGCACAUCAUCCACUGGGCACCCUACAUGGAAUUGUGCACGCCGUGCGACAUCCACUACGACGUCAUAGGCCACCUCGAGACAUUGGAGCAAGACACCGCCCACAUUCUGAGGAGAGCGGGCAUUGAGCAGCUUGGGUCCUACCCGCCCAUUUCUCCUGGCAUUGCACACUACAACAAGACCAAGGUGGAGCGUUACUUCUCAGGAAUCAGCAAGAAGGACAUCCGACGCCUAUAUGCCCGCUACCAGGGGGACUUUUAUGUAUUUGGAUACCCAACCCCUGGCUUUUUACUCAACUGACAUGCUUACAAGGGGACACGAUAUGCCAAUGUUACUUUUUAAUUGUUUGAAGACAAAUACUUGUCUGAAACGUCGGUCAAGCCAUCAC